AUGAGAGGCCAUGGAUAUGAUGGUGCAAGUAAUAUGCGUGGCGAGUGGAAUGGACUUCAGGCAUUAUUUCUUAGAGAUUGUCCAUAUGCUUACUAUAUUCAUUGUUUUGCUCAUCGAUUACAACUCACAUUGGUUUCUGCAGCUAAGAAGGUCAGUGUUAUUUGGGAAUUCUUUUCCCAUUUGGAUAAUAUUGUUAACUGUGUCACUUCUUCUACUAAGAGCAUUGCUGAAUUACAUAUUGCACAAAGGAACGAAAUUAAUCAUAUGUUAGCAACUAGAGAGUGUGGUUCUGGAACUGGAGUCAAUCAGAUUGGUAAUUUACAACGAGUAGGAGCUUCUCGUUGGAGUUCUCACUAUGACUCGGUCAAAAGUUUAAUAAGUAUGUAUGCUGCAACUUGCAAAGUUUUUGAAGUUCUUAGUGAUCAUUCUCCAAAUGGAAGAGUUAAGGCCGAAAAUUUGAAGGUUUCUACACUUGUUGAGUUGUGUCAAAAAUUGACCGAGAGUGGAAGAUCAAAAGUUUAUGUUACGUUGACUAGAUUGAUUCAUUUUGUUUUAACAUUACCUGUUUCUAUUGCUACUACUAAGCGAUCAUAUUUAGCAAUGAAGAAGGUGAAGACGGAACUUCGCAAUAAAAUGGAAAAUGAUUUUCUUGCCGAUUGCUUGACAAUCUAUAUUGAACGAGAUUUAGCUAAAGAUAUAAAUGUAGACUCUAUUAUAGAUGAGUUUUAUGUUAUAAAAUCUCGUAAAGCUCAACUUAUUUAA